AUGCAGGCGUUUACAUUUGGCUACUUCCUAUGUACUUUGGUUUAUUUCUUAACGUCCUCUCCUUCUUUCUCAUCACUAUCAGACUCUUGGAGGCACUAUGUUUGUGUAAGUGCAGGUUCUCAUGAGAGGAUAUUUCACCCAAAACAAAAACAAAGCCUAUAUUUGGUCCUUUACAAUACAGAUGUGUGGGCAGCAGCCAUCUGGGGCCCGAAUGGAGUAACAACGAGUUUGUGUGUAAAUGUGUGUUUGUGUGUCACAGGGCGAUGGGCCAAACUCAAAGAAGAGCUUCGAAACUGGGGGGCCGUUGUGAAAACCCCCUCCAGAGAGCUGGGAAUCUCAAGGGAGAGUGGGAAAAACAUCCCGACGGUCAUCAAUCAAAACUUCGCUGACACAAAUGACCAUACACAACGGGACUGUUCUCCAUCCGUGUCACUGUGUCACCUCCACCCCAAAGCCAUGUCCCACCCACCUGCGCUGCCGCCUUAUAGGCCCUCACCGUAUGCUACCCAACGUGAUUGGCCAAACGGUCCCCGGGCGAAUUCGUGA